AUGCACCCGGGAUCCCAGAGGGCCAACGGCCUGAGCGCCACUGGCAUGGGUACCAGCAUGGGCAGCAAUGGGGGCCACCUGCCAGCCCAGACCUUCAGCCCAGCCCCUGCCUAUCCACACAGCAUGAGCUAUUCUCCAAUGGCCAAUCUGGAAGGCCAUGGCCAGUGGCUUGGGUCUUGGGGGCCCCCCUAUGGUCCCCCAAGGGAGGACUGGGCUGCCUAUGGGGAGGGACCCUCCAGCUCUGUGGUGGAGCCUUCCUCAGUCCAGACCCUGGCCCAGGUCUUGGCCCUGGCCCCAACCCCAGCUCCAUAUGGAGCCACUGACUACGGCAACCUGGUUCAUCCUGGGCCCAGCGGGGUCCUCCCUCCUGAGAACAUGGAAUUCACAGAGCCCACCUCCAAUCCCCCCAGCAUAGGAGGUCCCUAUGCUUGGAUGAGCAAAACACUUCAUGUUUCAGGAAAGACCAGGACCAAGGAAAAGUACCGAGUGGUUUAUUCGGAACAUCAGAGACUGGAGCUGGAGAAGGAAUUCCAUUGCAACAGAUACAUCAGUAUUCGCAAGAAGACGGAGCUAGCAGGCCAGUUAGGCCUUUCGGAGAGACAGGUGAAAAUUUGGUUUCAGAAUCGUCGGGCCAAGGAGAGGAAACUACUGAAGAAGAAAAUCUCCGAGUCCCAGGCCAGUGCGGGCAGCACAGCCCACAGCGACUCCAGCUCUGUGAGCCCAGGGGACCCUCCAAAGCUGUACUUUCCCCCACCUCCACCCAUGGGGGAGUUCCAGCCAAUCGAUAUCCACCAGAUCCUGGUCUCAGAAUGA